AGAGAACCUAUAGAUAAUCUUACCCCUGAGGAGAGGGAUGCUCGAACAGUGUUCUGCAUGCAGCUGGCUGCCAGAAUUCGACCAAGAGACCUGGAAGAAUUUUUCUCUACAGUAGGGAAGGUCCGUGACGUGCGGAUGAUUUCAGAUCGAAAUUCCAGGCGUUCAAAGGGAAUUGCUUAUGUAGAGUUUGUUGAUGUUAGUUCAGUGCCUCUGGCAAUAGGACUGACUGGGCAGAGAGUCCUGGGUGUGCCAAUCAUAGUGCAGGCAUCACAGGCAGAGAAAAACAGAGCAGCAGCAAUGGCAAAUAAUCUGCAGAAGGGCAGUGCUGGCCCUAUGAGGCUCUAUGUGGGAUCUUUACACUUCAACAUCACUGAAGAUAUGCUUCGAGGAAUUUUUGAGCCAUUUGGCAGGAUUGAAAGCAUUCAGCUGAUGAUGGAUAGUGAAACUGGACGCUCAAAAGGAUAUGGAUUUAUCACG